AUGGCGCACGCCCCUCCCUACGUUCCUCACGGCGGCUCCUCUCUGCCCUGUGCGCAGGGGGCGCUCCGGUGUCUUCUCCUGCCGGCGGCGCCGGCCUCGGUCGUCCUCGACUGCCCGUUUCUCUCCCAAGCGCCGCCGCCGCCGCAGCCACCAGCUCCGCUGCCACCGCUGCCGCCGGCUCCGCUGCAGCAGAUUCUAGGAUUCCAUCACAUCCCGGACCCUCUCCGUCAGAGUUGCUUCCUCUACUGGCCCCUCCCUAUGGUACCGAAGGCGGCGCCACGACCUCCUCCUUGCCUUCUCCGUGCUCCUCCUGUUUGUUCCUCGGGCGGCGCAGGCGGAUCGACGGCGAAGGCGGAGAAGCUCGCUGGAGAGGGUGACGGCUAUGGGAGAGCAUCGGCGGGGGAGAGGGAACCUUGCUAUGGCAAGCCGAGGAAGGGUACCUGGUUUUGGAUGACCAAGGAGGAGGCCGAGAGGAGGCGGCAGAAUCUGGAGAGCCUCAAUCUCAGCCGUUCCUCCGCCACUUCCUCUUCCCCCUUCUCGUCCCCCCCGUCCUCCACCGCAUCGCCGUCUUCGUCCUCCGCGGCUUCCUCCCCCCACCUCGAGUUCGACGAGUCCCACCCUCAGCGGGGAACCAGAACCACCGUGAUGAUCAAGAACAUCCCCAACAAGUACAGGUCCUCUCCUCUUCCUCUCUCCCCUCCUGAAUCUUCUCUGUUUCGGAGAAGAACUCAGCCUGUUCUGGCUCUCUCUCUACUUUGUGCUGUAUAUCUGAAACAGAAGGGAACUACUGGUAAAACUGCUCGACGAUCACUGCGUGGAGGAGAACAAGAAGCUGAGCUCGAGCUCGGAUACGCCGCCGGUGGACGCGCCUCCGUCGGAGUACGACUUCGUCUACCUACCGAUUGACUUCAGGUGACCUCAAACAGCGCUCCCGACCGUUCGUCUUUCCCGGCGGCCCUGGUUAAACCUUUGGUUUCUCACGGUCGCCAUUAUUUACUGCAAUCAUUUGCGUACACUUACUGCUCGGAAGAGGAAGAAGAGCAGUCGCAUUUAUUUAUCGUCGUCUUCCUCCUCCCUCGGCUUCGUAUUUAUUCAUCUCUGGAGAUCCGGGUGCCCUAAUUCAGGAGCAACUGCUGCCUCGGCUACGCCUUCGUCAACUUCACCACACCCGAGGCGGCGUGGCGGUUCCGCCGGGCCAUGGACAAGCACAGAUGGGGCUUGUUCGGGACUAAGAAGAUCAGCCAUAUCUGCUACGCUCGAAUCCAGGUGGGGUUGGAGCUCUAUCUUUCUCUCUCUGUCUCUCUCUCUCUCUGCACCGGACAACGCCGGCGGACGAGAGCUUUGGAGGUGUGGGCUCAUAAGCUCUGUGCGUGGCAGGGAAAGGACGCGAUGGUUGCGAACUUCUGGGGGUCGUACUUCAUGUGCGACUCCGACGAGUUCCUGCCGGCGACGUUCUCGCCGCCGCGAGACGGGGCCCCCCCCUGCCCGCCGCCGACCGUCGUCGGCAGGCGCUGGCCUCGCUUCCCGUCAUCAGCCGCGGCAGAAGAAGGAACAGAAGAAACAGAACCAGAAGCGAUAGCAGAGGCCGAGGGCGGCAGCGCCGCCGGCGUCCCAGCCUGA